AUGGCCGUUGAUGACUUCCUGUAUGAUCACUCUCUGCUCUUACAGUAUACAGUAUACAGUAUACUGCACACUGCACACUGCACACUGCACACUGCACACUGCAUACUGCAUGCUGUAUAUUGCAUACUAACGCCAGCAGGAGUCGAGACACGGACGCCUUCGUGUUGCCCUCCAAGUCGUACUAUCCCACCAAGAUCCCCAUCGCUGCGCCAGGCUAACAGGCGCAGACACUACCAGCUACGCCACUUCAUAAGCUCCCCGGAGCAAGACCUCGUGUACUAUGCGAGCGGCUGCGACAUCUACUGCCUCAAUGCGGCCACACAAACCCAGGCGCACGUAACGACACUGCCAUUCGAGGCCCGCUGUACAGCCUCCGGACACGGCUAUGUUUGCGUAGGAGGCGCAGACCAUGGUAACUUUGCUGCCAUCAAGGUCGCCGGCUUCCCUCCUGUCGACAACUCCCAUGUAGACGCCUCGCUGCCUCUGGACUUCGAGCACCGUCUCUCCCGCCCUCCGCUCCUCGGCACCGCGCAUCGCAUACGGCUCGAGAAGAUUGGAGAAGACAUUGUCAACUCAAUAUCCAUACACAAGUCUCCUGCUACACCAACUGGCGGCCGCGACGAUGUGGUCGCCGUCCUUACCAACAACGACAAAUCGGUGCGCGUCUAUUCGCUGGUGGACAACCUCGAACUCUGUUGCAUAGACCUGCCGAUCGCGAUGAACCACGCCACGAUAUCGCCAGACGGAAAGUUUCUCGUUGCUGUUGGUGACCAGCAGACCGGCUUCUUCUUCGAACGAUACCUUCCUGGGCCAGAAAGGCCAAGCAGCUGGAAAGAGCCAAGUGAUCGAAUAGACUCGGUGCCACCAGGAUGGAAGCUGUUCGAGGAAGUGGCCCUGUAUGUUCCAUCGAACCAGUGUGCUGAGGGAUACUUCACUACAGCCUGGUCGCCUUCAGGCCGUCUCUGUGCGGUGGGCUCCGAGUGUGGCUACAUCACGGUGUUCGAUGUCGAUGAUCUAAAGGUUGCCGAGUGCGGGGAAGAUGCUGUACUCGGAGUGAUCAGUUCGACAAGACCAGAUGUAUGUACGGGUGCCGGCGCCGUACGGACAAUGCAGUUCUCUCCGGCGCCGUGGGACUUCCUGAUCUGGAGCGAAGACCAGGGCAGAGUAUGCGUCGCCGACCUACGGUCUGGACUCAAGGUGAAGCAGGUAUUGACUCUGGAUCCGAAAGAGGAGGGCCUUGAAAAGAUCGAGAUUGCCGAUUUUGAUUUGAGCCUGCCCCCAGAGAUGUCUGAGUUGCGCAGAGAAGCGGACUUCAUCCGCAGAUACCGCCGUACUCUGGAUGCAGAAGGGACACAAGCAGCGGUGGACGCCGCGAAUGAAUACUUCGAGGCAGACUCCGAGCGACAGAGGGCUCUGCGACGUCUUGGCGUAGUCGAAUCUGACAACGAUCCUCAAGGGCUAUCGUCCGAGGAACGGCGAAUUCUGGAAUCGCUGCGAGCAACACGUCACACCUUAGAGGCGCGGCAGCCUGGUGGAAUCAGGCCCAGGAGCAUUAACUAUACAACAGCAGGCCAUGUAGAAGCUGCACGGUAUGAUGCGCGUGAGCGUGCCCGACUUGGCUUGCGAGCUGACAUUCUGCUCAGGGAACGGGCGGCCGCCGCUCGAGACAUGCCUUCUGACCUACUAGAUGACCUUCUCUCAGAAAGCCUUCGGCCAACGAAUCGCUCGCUUGGGGAGCGAACAGCACCUCGACGUCAAGCAUCGGUUGUCGUAUCCAUCAACGAAGGUACCGUCAACGUACCACCCCAUGCACAAACCAACAUCACAGACUCUGCCACAACGCGGUCACCAAACGCCAUCGUUGCGCACACACGUAGCGAGAUCAUAAACUCGACUGACAAUGCCUGGCGCACCAUUCAGGCUGCGCUCGCCAGUCAAGAACGUGCUGCCAGCAAUAUGGCCCGCACCAGCACAUCAAUUCCAGCUGCCAGCGCCAGCAACCCAACAGCACCCGAGUUACGUAGCGAACUUCGCCGUUUGCGCCAACUCACGCAGGUGCGUGAACGCCUUCGCAACGAACGGGCUAGCCAGCUGUCCACCGAUGCGUACGAGUUCAGCUUAGGUCUCCGGAGAGUAAGCCGCAGCACGCACGACCCAAGUCAAGGUGUGCGUACGGCAGGGCUCGCGAUGAGCGAAGAUGGGCGGACGCUGUACUGCGGAACCGAGGAGGGUAUCUUCGAAUUCAAGCUGAACUUGCAUACACGGAAAGGCUUCCCCGCCAUCAAUCCUCGAUGA